AUGCCCAGCAAACACAUCCUUAACGCCCAGGUCUCCAUCAGAGCACCAUGCUGCCGAAAAUGGUUCGACUGCGCAGAAUGCCACCUAGAAUCAGAAGACCAUCCUCUCCUGCAAAGAACUGAAAUGGUAUUCGCCUGCAAAAAGUGCAAAAAGGCCUUCCGCAAAGAUGGCCUGGAAUUCGAAGAGAGCGACGAGUACUGCCCGCACUGCGACAACCACUUCGUAUUAGAAGCUGUCACAGCGAAGCCGAUCCUAGAAUUUGAAGGGGAGGAUGCCAGGGUUGACAGUCGGAUGUUGAAGGAUGAUAGGGUUAGAGGGGAGGAGCAAAGGACGAUAUUUGAUGUGAAAGAGGCGCCUAAUAAGUUGGGAUGA